GCGAACACUAGGGGGCAGGCAGAGGAACAGCCGCCAGCAAGAAUUACCACAAACGUCCAAACACAGGAUUCAUUAGCCCAAGGAGAAAACAACAGCGACGACCACACCAAAAAUGCCGCGAACUCCUCCUCCUGAAAGUUGUCGCGGCGGCCCCUCCACUUCUUCUGCGCCCUCCAUUACCGCUUUCAAGGUGCAGGAGAAGUACGCGGAGGGCAUGCGCCUGCUCCAGAGCGGCCAUGUUCUUCUGGCGAUCCAGCAGUUUCAGGAGGCGUCCUUUUUUGACGCUGAAGACGCGCUACCCAUCGUCGCGCUCGCCGAGUGCUACGUCUUUCUGUGCGACCUCCGCUCCGCCAUCCGCUGCUACCGUCGCGCGUUGUGGUCACUCCGCAAAAGAAAGCAGCGCGCUCCGCGGGGCCAGCAGGGACAGAGCGCGACGACCCGACUGGCCGCGCGGGACGGGUCUUUUCAUCCGAACUCGCUCUCGUCACUCAUCACGCAAAUUCCGACAGAAGUCGCGGCUCAGCCACCACUGCCCCCACCGCAGCGCCCCAGCACUGCGCAGUUUCAGCCGACUUCCGUGUUUUUGUCAAACGAGUUGCUGCACGCCGUCUCGGAGGGCCGGUUUGUGCCGGAGGGCGCGCAACAGAAUGACGUCAAUGAGGUGAGUACGGAACAGUUAGCGGGAGAGAAGCGGCAGCCGACACGAGGCACGAGCGUCCUCUCACAGAUCGACGAAGGUUUCCCUUCUACUUCGGGUGACGGCCCGAAGGACACGCACCACAAUACCCCACCGCAGUCCACGGCUUCGCAGGAGACUGCCCCGCCCCAUGAGCUUACCGCAGCAGAGGUCCGCGCACGACUGGCGGGCGUGCUGGACGCGCUCGGCCUCGCCCUCUUCCAGGUCGGCAACGUGGAACAGGCGUUGCGGUGCACGACGGAGGCGUUGGAGCUUCUCGCAGCCGCCAAAGCGGCGGAAAAAAAUGAAAUGAGUGCACAGGCAGGUGGCCACAGCAGCCCGAUACCGAUGCGGCUUUUUACGAAGCUGCAGAACCCGUACAUGAGUGAACCCACCAUCGCUCUUCAUCGUGCUGUCUUCCUCGUCGCUCUGCAGCGUGAGGAGGAAGCCGAGGCCCUGCUUGACAGCCACUACGAACUGUUCGAGGACUUCCGUGCGCAGUCGGCGCCUCUGUUGAUCCAACUCUACUGCAAUCGCCAGGCCUUUCGGAAAGCAAGGCUGCUGCUAGAGUCACAAGAGGAGGGGCUACAAGGUAGUGCUGCCACUCCAGGUGACGAAAGGAUGUUGACAAUCCCUGAUAAGGAGGCUUCAUCGGAAACAGGAGCUGCUGACAAAGGUGAUGGCUCGCAUUCUCCUUGCCCCACCCAAGAGGGAGGCAGACCUGAAGAAACGACGGAGGAGCCUGCGGAUCACCUCGGCGCCACGGUGACCUUUCCUCCGUUGCCCACACCGCUCUCUCUGACCGUGGCGAAGUACAUCUUCACGGAGUUGUACGCCCGCUACCGCAGCGCCGCCUUCACCAGCGAUGACGAGGACAGCGUGACGCGGUGCCUCGACGUGUACCCGAACGAUGUAGAGCUUCUCUUUCGACGUGCCCAACUCCGCAUUGCUGCCGGGGAGCUGAAGCGUAGCGUCAAAGAUCUGUUUCGGUGCGUGCAGGACACAAACGGCGAGCACAAGGAGGCGAUUGAGGCGAUGACGACGGUCCUCUUCACCAUCGGCUCCAGUUUGGACGGCAAGUCAGAGAUGCAGAACGCGGUCACGUAUUACUCCGAGUCACUCAAGUGGCGUCCCGAUAACGUGCUGGUUCUGCUGGCUCGUGGGGACUGCUACACCAAGAUAGAGUCGUUUGAGGAGGCGCUGGCGGACUACCAAGCUAUCUUGAACUACGCACCGGAGCACCGUGAGGCGCAGGGACGCAUCGCGGCGCUGCACGACUUGUGGGGCCGCAAGUUCUACGCGCUCGACGACCCGGCCCAGGCAGAAGCGGAGUUCACGAACGCCAUCAAGACAGACAACAAAAACCCGGAGUAUUAUUAUCAUCGCGCUUUGUGCCGCCUGAAGCUAAAUCACGGCCAGUACGCGCUGCGCGACGUCUUGUCCUGCAAGGAGCUCAACCCUGCCGCGCCGCACCUGCGCGCCUUUAUCGCGCGGUACAUGGAGCCCAUGCAGCUGGCGGAGGCAGCGGAGGAGAAGGAGAAAGACAAUACGGUAGUGCACCGGACCGUCACCACCUCCGCUGCCAGCAGCCGUCAAACACGGAUGGCGAAGACGAAUGCUGCCGCAAAAUGGUACGGAUCGCGCACUCCGCCCUCGCUGCCGAUGGAAAGAAGUAGCGCUCGAGGAGGCGUUACAUCCCGCAAGAAGCGCACCGAGGAGUCGACGAGCUACGGGAUGUCGUUGCGGUCCAGCAGCGGCACCGCCGCUGUCUCCCUCCCGUCCAUCUCUACGCGCCGCCCACCUUCUUGCGACGCAGCUACGGAGGGGUUGGUGCAGGGUUAUCAGACGACGUUGCACCGCCGCCAAGGUGAACCGCUGUCUCAAACGAAAUGA